AUGCCUCUCGACUAUAAUCCCGAAAAAGAUAUCCCUGAUCUCGCGGGGAAGUCAAUUUUCAUCACAGGAGGGACCGGCGGGCUAGGUGCAGCAUCAGCAAUCCACCUCGCCAAGCACAACCCAUCACACAUCUACCUCAGCGGCCGCAACGCCAUAAGUGCAGAGAAAGUGAUCAAACAAAUCCACGAAACCAGCCCCAAGCUCGCAGUCACAUUCAUAAAAUGUGACCUAUCUUCCCUGGCCUCGGUCAAAACGGCCGCAGAGGAUUUCACCAGCCAACACCAAACCCUAGACAUCCUAAUGUGCAACGCGGGAAUCAUGGCACAACCCCCGGGCCAAACAGUCGAUGGCUACGAGCUCCAAAUCGGCACCAAUCAUCUCGGCCACGCACUACUGAUCAAAAAGUUCCUACCCCUCCUCGAGGCUUGCGCAGACCCACGCAUUGUGCUCCUUACCUCGCAGGGAUGGGGCAUGCACCCGCACGGCGGCAUCAUCUUCGAAAAACUCAAGACGACCCAGGAUAUGGGGUUCGGCGGGCCGUGGCGGCGGUAUGGGCAGAGUAAGCUGGCGAAUCUGGUGUAUGCGCGCGAGCUCGCGAAGAGGUUCCCGGCUAUCACGUCUGUAUCGGUGCAUCCUGGUAUUGUGGGGACGGGUCUUGUUAGUGGUCUUGGGCUUAAGGAGAAGUUGCUUGUUUAUGCGAUAAGCUGGUGGAGGAUUGUGCUGCCGCAUGAGGGUGCGUUGAAUCAGACUUGGGCGGCUACUGUGGAUAAGGCGCAGAUUCGGAAUGGGGGUUAUUAUGAGCCUGUUGGGAAGUUGGAGGAUAAGAAGCUUGAUGAGACGGCGAGGGAUGAUACGCUUGCGGAGAGGUUGUGGGAUUGGACUGAGGAGGCUUUGAAGGAUUUUUGA